AUGCCAACUUCAAAAACCGCAGAGGAACCAAUCAAGUUCGUCACGGGGAGCCCCACCCGCCUGUUCCUGUUCCACCUGUUCCCAGUUCCCCCUGUUCCACCUGUUCCCACCCCCUGUUCCCCACCUCUGUUCCCACCCACCACUCCACCUGUUCACCCCUGCCUGUUCUGUUCCACCCCACCCCACCCUGUUCCACCCUGUUCCCACCUGUUCACACCCACCUGUCCCCUGUUCCACCCCUGUUCACCCUGUUCUCCCCCAGCCCCACCCUGUUCCCACCAGCCCCACCCUCCCUGUUCAGCCCAGCCCACCCCACCUCAGCCUCAGCCCACCCCUGUUCCACCUGCCCACUCCACCUGUUCUCAGCCUCAGCCCUCACCAGCCUGUUCCAGCCUCACCCCACCCUGUUCUCUGUUCCCACCCCACUCCACCCCAGCCCCUGUUCCAGCCCUGUCUGUUCCUGUUCCACCCCACCCCACCCACCUCCCCACCUGUUCCACUCUGUUCCCACCCUGUUCACCCACCAGCCUGUUCCUGUUCCAGCUCCCACCCACCUGUUCCCCACCCACCCCAGCCCUGUUCCCACCUCAAACCCCACCCAGCCCCCAGCCCCCACCCCAGCCCCCACUGUUCCCAGCCCUGUUCCACUCCCACUGUUCCUCCCUGUUCAGCCCCAGCCCCACUCCUGUUCACCACUCCACCACUCCCACCCCUCCACCUGUUCCCACCCCACCCCUGUUCCCUGCCUGUCUGUUCCCCCACUCCCACCCCCUGUUCCCACCCCACCUCCAGCCCAGCCCCAGCCCUGUUCCCCACCUGUUCCCACCCACUCCCUGUUCAGCCCCAGCCCCACCUCCACUCCUGUUCAGCCUCCAGCUCACCCCACCAGCCUCCAGCCUCCCAGCCCUGUUCAGCCCCACCCAGCCUCACCCCACUCAGCCUGUUCCUGUUCCUCAGCCCCCACUGUUCCACCACUGUUUAGUUUAG